CGACCGAACCUAUCCGUGUGCAUGUCGCCCUCGAGAGGAACUUGACAAGACUAUAGGAGAGCAAGCAUGGCGACAAAGGCCUUAGAUUCGCGCAUUCAGGCGCUUCUGCGCAAUGGGGUCCAGGAAAAGAAACGAAGCUUUAUCGUGGUCGUUGGAGAUCAUUCAAAAGAUGUCAUUGUCCAUCUCCACUAUAUAAUGUCCAGUAUGGAUAUAAAAAAUCAGAACAGGUCAAUCCUAUGGGCAUACAAGCACAAGCUUCUGGGAUUUACUAGUCACCGGAAAAAGCGAGAGCAAAAGAUCAAGAAGGAAAUCAAGCGUGGCAUACGAGAGGCGAAUACUGAGGAUCCAUUCGAGCUUUUUGUUUCCCUCAACAACAUCCGCUAUGUCUACUACAAAGAGACGGAUAAGAUUCUGGGAAAUACCUAUGGGAUGUGCAUAUUGCAGGACUUUGAAGCAAUUACACCCAACUUACUCGCCAGGACUAUUGAGACGGUUGAAGGAGGAGGUCUUGUGGUACUGCUCCUAAAAGGGAUGACGAGUUUGAAACAGCUCUACACCUUAUCUAUGGAUGUCCACUCGCGAUACCGAACUGAAGCACACGACGAUGUUACCGCCAGGUUCAACGAACGCUUCAUACUGUCACUGGGUAAAUGCGAAUCGUGUCUCGUCAUUGACGACGAAAUGAACGUGUUGCCAAUUUCUGGUGGCAAGAACGUGAGGGCGUUACCACCUCCGGAUCUCGAUCAGCCCAAAAGUGAGGCACAGAAAGAAUUGGAUGCCAUAAAGGAGGCAUUGCAAGAUGUACAACCGACGGGAUCUUUGGUCACGUUGGCAAAAACAGUGGACCAAGCGAAGGCACUUGAGACCUUUGUGGAUGCCAUUGCGGAGAAAACAUUGAGGAGCACCGUUGCUCUUACGGCAGCUCGAGGAAGAGGAAAAUCAGCUGCUUUGGGAGUAGCUGUUGCUGCGGCCGUUGCUCAUGGGUACAGUAACAUCUUCAUCACAUCUCCAAGUCCCGAGAAUCUGAAGACCCUCUUUGAAUUUAUAUUCAAAGGUUUUGAUGCCCUGAACUACAUGGACCACGUCGACUAUUCAAUUAUUCAAUCAACCAACCCCGAUUUCAAUAAAGCUGUUGUCCGCGUGAAUAUUCACCGCCAACAUCGCCAAACCAUCCAAUAUAUCAGGCCACAAGACGCUCAUGUUCUUGGGCAAGCUGAGCUACUCGUUAUCGACGAGGCAGCAGCAAUACCGUUACCUCUUGUCCGAAAGCUAAUGGGACCAUAUCUUGUUUUCAUGGCCUCAACAAUCAAUGGUUAUGAAGGCACGGGCAGAUCAUUAUCACUAAAAUUGGUCCAGCAACUUCGAGAACAGUCGAGGGGCAUAAGCAAGGCCAGCGAAAAGCCCGAUGCGGAAGUCGCUGAUCGUUCAACCGGAAAAGCUUCAAAAAUUGCCGACGGUCCUUUCACAGGGGGUCGGACACUCCGAGAAAUUACUCUUUCGGAGCCAAUCCGUUACGCGAAGGGGGAUGCAGUGGAAAAGUGGCUUAAUACAGUUCUCUGUCUUGAUGCUACUCUACCAAGAUCGAGGGCGAACACCCUUCAAGGAUGUCCCGAUCCAUCCCAGUGCCAGCUCUUACAAGUUAACCGCGAUACCCUGUUUUCCUUUCACGAGGUUUCAGAAAAGUUCUUGCAACAGAUGGUUGCACUCUAUGUUGCUAGUCACUACAAGAAUUCGCCUGACGACCUCCAACUUAUGAGUGACGCUCCAGCCCAUCAGCUUUUCGUCCUCGUUCCACCCACACCAGAAGAUAGCAAACAUUUACCCGAGCCCCUGUGCGUUAUACAGGUAGCACUUGAAGGUAAAAUCAGCAAAGAGAGCGUUCUUAAUAGCCUAAGUAGGGGAAAGAGGGCAGCUGGUGACCUCAUACCUUGGAUUGUCAGUCAGCAAUUCCAGGACGAGGAUUUCGCUGGGUUAUCUGGUGCUCGUAUCGUCAGGAUAGCGACAAAUCCUGAUUAUAUCAAGAUGGGGUAUGGAUCAAAAGCCCUUGAACUCCUCAAAGACUUUUACGAGGGAAAAUUCACGAAUCUUUCUGAAGAUGCGAACGGUUACGUUGAGGAAACGAUAACACGAGUUACGGACGCAGAGCUCGCCAAUUCAUCAUUGCUUGACGACGAUAUCAAAGUAAGGGAUAUUCGGAAGAUGCCUCCCUUAUUCUCCAAACUAGCCGAAUGUCGACCGGUCAGCCUUGAUUAUGUUGGCGUAAGCUUUGGCCUUACACAGGCCCUUCACAGGUUCUGGAAGCGCGCUUCAUUUUCCCCUGUGUAUCUGCGACAAACCCCUAAUGACUUGACCGGAGAGCACACUUGCGUUAUGAUCCACGCAUUAGAGAAUAGCCCCGAUCAAUCAUGGCUUGGAGCAUUCUCACGAGAUUUCCAGCACCGAUUCCUAAAGCUCCUGUCAUACCAGUUCCGAGAAUUUCCAUCAGUUCUUGCUCUCGGUGUUGAUGAAUCUGCAAACAUAGGCUCAAGACUCGACACUACUAACCCGCCGCAACCUUUGACUAAAUCAGAUCUGGAUAGGGAGUUCUCCUCGUUCGAUCUCAAGCGCCUAGAAUCAUAUGCUAACAAUAUGCUCGAUUAUCACGCUGUGCUGGAUCUUAUUCCACAAUUGGCAAUGAUGUACUUCACAGGACGUCUGAAAUCUGACGUCAAACUCUCGGGUGUCCAAGCGUCCAUCUUGUUAGCAGUUGGAUUGCAGCGCAAGGACUUGUCUUCAAUUGAGCAAGAGCUGUCACUUCCAUCCUCUCAAUUGCUGGCAAUGUUCAUCAAGAUCAUGCGGAAGAUGAGCUCGCAUCUCAGCUCUUUGGUUUCUGAGGCAAUAGCAGCGGAUAUGCCCAAGAAGGAGGCUAUCGGAGUGAGCAGAGCAGAUGCCAACGGCGCUUUCGAUGACGAAAUUAUUGACACGCGGUUUGCGCCUCUGGAGACUACAUUAGAGGAUGAGCUUGAGGAAGGUGGUGACGAGGCUUUGAAGGCAUUGAGAGAGAAGCAAAGAGAGUUGAUUGAUGCUCUGCCCCUGGAUCAAUAUGAAAUCGAGGAAGGCGCCCCUGGAUGGGCUGAUGCGGAGAAGCAAGUGCUCAAUGCCACGAAGAGUGGACAGAAGAAUCUGGUAGUGAGCGUGAAGAGUAACAAAAAGAGAAAGCCUGGUGAAACUGCUGCUGAGAUUUAUGAGGCGGAACUGGGAGAAAAGGCGCAUAAGAAGGCGAAAAAAGGGUCAAAAAAGAGUCAUGCAUAGUUUUUCAGUAGCUUGUGUUCGUUGGUUUUGUACAGGCU